AUGAUGAAAUAUCAUUAGAAUGAAACGCAGUGUCGUUUUUCUAAACAACACUUCGUAUCAAUCUUGUCUUCUUUUUCCAUUAAAAGAAAAAAAAAAUGAAAAAACAGACAAACACAAUUUUCUUACCAUUUCUGAAAUUAGAGAAAGCUUUAGAGAACCCUAACAACACUCUCUCCUCUCUUUCUCUCAAUUUUCGAUUCUCAUCAGCUAGAAGAACCCAACAUGGAAAAUUCUCAAGAUUAUUGGCCCCAAGUUUAGUCGGUUGUGAAAAUCUUAUUAGUAAUCACAUUUGUUGUUGAGUAAGGGUCUUCAUUUUAUUGGGGUAGUUUGCAAGCUGGUCUUGUGUUUUGAUGGCAGAAUUGGUUGGGCCAAGGUUGUACAGUUGCUGCAAUUGUAGGAAUCAUGUUGCUCUUCAUGAUGAUGUCAUUUCUAAAGCUUUUCAGGGAAGGAAUGGGCGAGCGUUUUUGUUCUCUCACGCGAUGAAUGUCAUGGUGGGAGCUAAAGAGGACAGACAACUAAUGACCGGUUUACAUACGGUUGCUGAUGUCUACUGCUCUGAUUGUCGAGAAGUGCUCGGUUGGAAGUAUGAAAGAGCCUAUGAAGAAACACAGAAAUACAAGGAAGGAAAGUUCAUACUCGAGAAAUCGAAAAUAGUAAAGGAAAACUGGUAGUUAACAAUGGAGAAGGUUUCUGAUUUUCCCGUUGGACAUAUCGGUGAGUGUGUAAAGGUUACUCAUAUGUGUAUUCUCAGCAACUGAAAAUAUCCUCAGGUCAUCAUUGGUUAUGGUUGUGCAUUGUUCUUGUGUGGAUAUGUGUAUUGGAUUGGAUGAUUUCUUUUGUUAAUAAAAUGUGAAUAUAAUAGUGAAAGUUUGUUGUGCUCA